AUGUAUUUUGCGACAAUCUUUAAAGUGUGUAAAAUGCUUUAUCAAUUGUUUUGGUUCCUUGCGGCGUGCUGUACGUUUGUCGUGAAUACCCUAUGGCUUUGCUGCAACUUUGCCUCCGUCGGUAUACCUUGGCUGAUGUUGCUUCUCUUCUUGGUCUGCAUUGGGUCGAAGUUUGUGAAGCUUAAAUCUCCUACCGACGAUGUGGUGCUGUCUAUGUUGUCCAAGAACGAAAAGGAACGAGAUGGCAAUGAGGCACUGUACUGGCCAAUCGUCAAUCGGGGUGGGGCAUUCGAUGCGCCGGAAAAUUCACUCGCGGCCAUCAAUCAGUGUCUGGCGCAAAGGUGUCAAAAGAUACUGCUCGAUCUUGGCAUUACCAGCGAUGGGAAAGCGAUCAUACUCCACAGAUCGACACUCGAGAAAGCGAACGUAACUGAACCGAUGCAGAAGCUGAACUAUAGUUUUUUCGACAAUUUUAACAUUAGCGAACACCAUCCACUGGGCCAACUGUUCCAGCCGGAGAAGGUGCUAGCGUUCGAGAAGCUGUUGAAACUGUUGGAAUCCUCAGAGGUGACCGUAUUUUUGUUGGCCUCCCAAAUCAACUCCUCGCUGUUGGAGAUUGUACGCGAAACGGCUACAAAGUGUUCCAUCUUUACGAAACGAAUCGUUUUCUGUUGCUCUUCACCGUCGGCAAUCUAUCAGCUUCGCCAGCACUGCCCGGAUCUGGUGUGUGGUUUGUGGAUGGAAAGGUCGUGCUUUACCAUACUGCCACGCUAUCUGAAUACCUCUGCGAUACUGCUAUCCGUUGUCGGUGCCAUCUAUCGAAACAUUAUAGCACCCGUGAUCGGUGUUAGUCUAGUCUUUAUCCAUAAGGAUGAGUUUAAUGCACAAAUCUCAACACUGUGGAAGAACGUCGGCGUUCGGCCUAUUGUUUACACAAUAAAUUCGCCGAACGAAAAGCGCUACUUUCAGCAGGUGACCAAAACGCUCUAUCUCACGGAUUCGCUCCGCUCCGAACCGCAGCUAAUAUUUAAACCCAAACGAAAGUAA